CCUGAUCCACUCCCCAUUGGUCACUGUGAGGUUUCUACAGCGACUGUGUCAGUUAACAAACAUGACUGACACUCCAGGGAACACAGACAAACACAGGCAGUGUGACACCCACAUUCCAACUUUCUCAGACAGACAUCCCAUGAUCCCCAAACUCUACAUCAUGCCGUGGAAACAAGACAUGAAGAAUCAAAAACUCCUGAAGAAGAAUGCAGCACUGGCAGGGAUCCCUGUGGUACCUCUGGAGGAGUCGCUGUAUUAUGGUGGUUGUGAGCGACUCUGUCACAAUAAGGGAUCCACCUCUUCAUCCCCCUCUUCCACAAACUCCACCUGUCUGUGCCAGAUGGGAUUGACAGCUCAUCGCUCCUCCCACUUGUCGAGGUACAACAGCUCAGUGGUGACAACCAAGCAACUUUUCCAGACAAAUACACAAGAACAAUGAGACAACACAUGCUGA